CGCGAUGGGCGCGGGUGGGGUCGGCGCGGCGGGGAUGGUCAAUCCCCUCGGCGGCGGGAUGGGCGGCGGGAUCGACCUCGGCGGGUUCAGCCUGCCGGCGGGAACCGACCCGGAGAUUAUCGCCGCCGCCGCCGCCGCGGCGGCGGCUGCUGCUGCCCAGAAGAAGCAGCAGCUGCUCCUCCUUCAGCAACAGCAACAACAGCAGCAGCAGCAGCAGCAGCAGGUUGGGGGAGGGACGGGAAGCUCCAUGACGAUUCCCGCGCCUCGAACGUCGGCGCGGAAACUGUCCGCGGCUGCGCCCGGUUUCGUCGCCAACGGCAACGGAGGGGGCAUAUCAUUCGGAACCGGCGCGGCGUCCUUCGAUCUCGGGCGAGGGUUCGAUCGCCUGAGCCUCGACCAGGACCAAGCGUACUUUCCUCCGCGCAGUUAGCGACUGACGACGACGAAGGAGGUGAAAACAACCGCCGGGGGUCACAGCCGCCGCGCGCGUCUGCGUGUACCACCAGGUACCAAAACAUAAAAGUUGAGCGCGUCUUCGCGCGCCAGUUGAACCAAGUUGAGGAGCCCGGGCUCCUACUGUUGAUGAACGCCGCAGUUGCGCGCAGCGGCGUUACUAUUGCAAGUCGACAUUCGGGGAUGAUUAAGGUGACCUUACUCACUUUUACGAUGACGAUGUGUGUACCAAAUUUACAAGUUGAAAGGAUUGAGAGUCAGAAGAGGGGCGGGCGCGUUCGCGUCUUCAGUAGUAGACUAUCUACCGUUGAUGAGUUGUGCAGCAUGUAACGAAAGACCGAGCUCGCUCUUCUU